AAACAUGUGCACGCAAUUAAAUACAAAAACUUAAAGUGUUUGGAGUCGCAAAUUGCAUUUUUCUGACAGCCCGCGAAUCAGUCACUUGCUAGUGCGGUCGUUGAGAGGAUGCUAGCAUCGCUCCGGCGUUUUAUGAAUGAGUUUGUAUUGGGCCUCAAGUAAAAAUCGCACGUAUGGGGAGUUAAAAAGUUGUAUUUUAAUAACACUGUGAUUACUUGGUUGUUGUUGGCCUCAAGCCACCUCUAUGCCCUCCUCAUACAUCCGAUUUAAAAGCUGAAGUAGUUUGUUGCAACGUUAUGCUAACAGACUGGGAUUAGCUAGCUGGCUAGCUACUAGCAUAUUAAUUUGAAACCUAAAUGGGUCGGAAUUCAAAAUAUCUCAGUUUCCAGCAAAGUAGCCACAAACUCGUGCGUUCGUUUGUUUAGAGGAAAUACCUUUAAUAUGGACAUAAAUUUUUACUCGGACCUGUCGGAUGGUUGUGCUCAGAAUGUUGAUUCGGAGUUUUUGGACAGCCAGGCAUACGGUGGAUACCCUGAGGAGAACAAGUUCGCAGAGGGCAGCGAUAGUUACCUGACCAUCAGUGGAGCAGGCCACCCUUUUCUGUCCGCUGAGCAGACAUUUCACACUCCAAGUCUUGGGGAUGAGGUGUUUGAGAUCCCCCCCAUCUCCCUUGAUCCAGACCCAGCUCUGGGCAUCAGUGAUGCCCACUUUGAGUUGACAGAUGGGUCAGAUGGCACUGGGGGAUCUUCAGUAUCCCGCAGUCUUGUAAGCAACCUGGUGGUCGAGGCCAAUGACCCUUCCUUCGCUUCCACCUUUGUGAACUCUGGAUCUCAAGGCCUGGAGCAGUUGAACCUUGGUUCAAUGGGCCAGGCUGGAGGAGGGGCCCUUCUGAGCUCUUCAGCUUUGGAAAUGGGGAACUCCAGUGGUUCACAUUUCAGCAGUUCAUCCCCAAUGACCAUUGAUGUCCAGCUUGGUGACAUUGGUCACAGUCUUUUGGGAAGUAGUCACCUGAGCACAAUUAACCAGUCAGAAUUGGCACUGGGUCUUGGUGGUGAAAACAUGGGACAUCAUUCAGAGACACCCGAGCAGCCGCUGUCGGCAACACCGUCUCCAGCUGGUUCCCUGCAGGAUGAAGACAUGGAUGACUUCAAGAGGAGUGUGCUGGUAGACUCCCCCAUGUCUCUCUCCUCUUCUUCUGUCCUCUCCCACCUGUCCUCCCACCAAGCACACCUAUCCUCCAUCUCCCCGGUUACAGGCAGGAGGGGUGGGGGAAAGCCGGCCACGCUGUCCCCAGCGAGUAUGGCCAUGGGCCCAAAGAAAGGAAGGAAAAAGAAGGAUCCAAAUGAACCACAGAAGCCAGUUUCAGCUUAUGCCUUGUUCUUCAGAGACACCCAAGCAGCUAUUAAGGGCCAGAAUCCCAAUGCUUCUUUUGGGGAGGUGUCAAAGAUUGUGGCUUCCAUGUGGGACAGCUUGGCCGAGGAACAAAAACAGGUGUACAAGAGAAAGACAGAAGUGGCCAAAAGGGAGUAUUUGAAAGCGCUGGCAGCUUACAGAGCCAACCAGCUCUCGCAGCCGGGUUUCGAGGAGAUGGAAACUGCCCCUUCACCACCACCACCAGUCGACAACCUGACCCCUACAGCUCCUCUCUCUGCUGGUCAGCAAGCAAUCCGCUUGGCAAACAGCAACACUGAGGAGAACACCAUCACUAAUAUUUGUGUGUCCAACAUCAUUCUGGAUGUCCCGGAGAGGACCACACGAUCCCGCACGGGGGCAAACAAAGCCUCCACCCCUGCAACAACAGCAGCCGCGCUAGCUCCACCAGCCCAGACCAUCACCAAGAUCAUAAUCCCAAAGCACAUUCUGCAGGCAGGGGGACAGUUGGUGACCGUGUUGCCUGGAGGCGGGGUCCGCACCUUGCAGCCGACACUGCUUUUGUCCGGUGGCUCUCGUCAGCCUCCUCCGCUGCAGCAGAUGCAGAAUGCUCCUCCACCGCCGCGGCUCCAGCAAAUGGCGCCAGCACCUCCGCCAUUACAAGCCAAGCCUCGCGAGGGAAGCACCCUGGCAGUAUCUGUCACGGCUACACCUCCACCUCCGCUUCAGAUUAAAAUAGUUCCUGCAUCCUUGCAGGGCAAAGAGACCCUACCAAUUAUUGUCCCGAAUUCAGCGUCUGCAUCGUCGACAGUGACCACGUCCUCCACGUCUGCACCUAUUGUGUCAGUGCAGGUGCUGAAUUCAGCGGAUGUGUCGGGCGGUGCAGAUGAGGAUGAAGUUACAGAAGUUUUGCCCUCAGAAGAGGAAGAGAUGGAGGUGACUGCGUCCAGUAAUGUCAUGAAGAGUGUGUGUGUGAGGGCGGGCUGUAACAAUCCAGCAGUGGAGAGUGAAGACUGGGACAAAGAGUACUGCAGCAACGAAUGUGUGGCCACUCACUGCAGAGACAUAUUCCAGGCUUGGUGCUCCAUCAGGAAUCAGAACAUAGGAACAGUCAAGUAAAGAGUAACGACUUCAUCAACAGAACAUUAUUUCACUGCAGGUACCUGAGUGUUAUAAUUACCUCCCUCUUUUUCUGUAUGUACCAUAGGUUUGACAGAUUCAAAAAAGUCAUAUUACUGAAAUAGAACAGCCUAUUUGGCCUUCUGAUUUCAGAAAUGUCUACGUUGUACAUACGGUCAUGUUUGAGUACAUUUCCAGCUUUUAGUCAGACAUCAAGGAAUGUGUGGCAGCUAGAGAACAUUUCAACACAGUGAAUUAUUAAAGAUGUUCAUGACAAUGUUCAGUGUUCAUGAGCCCACACCGGUCAGCUUAUUCAGUUCAACUGUAAAUACGUUUGGUAAAGGUUCAAAACAAAAGAAAAAAAUAAGUCAGAUUAAUUUACCUCUGAUAUUUUUUAUAGUACAGUUCUGAUUUCAAAUUCAUGCUCCUUUUUUCUCAUGUUGAAUCAUUAAGUGAGGAAAAAACAGAAUUGUUCAAAUGAUUCACUGAAAGAACUGCCUUAGUCUGACAAGAAAACAGUAUGUGUCAUUGUA